AUGUCCGUCAAUGGAGGCGGGUACAAGCGCGCGAGCCGCAAAGGGGCGCCGCGCAAGUUCAUCUGCGAGCACCCUGGCUGCGACAAGAUUUACUCCAGGGCUGAGCACCUGCAGCGUCAUCAGUUGAACCACAACCCCAAGGACAUUUUCAGGUGCGACGUGGGCGACUGCGACCAGAAAUUUGUCCGGCUGGAUCUGCUGGCCAGGCACAAGAAGCGCCACACUGCGUCCUAUACACCGCGUAACCGCAUCCCCAGCUUCGACACGUCUGUGGACCGUAGCUCUACGCUGGAUCUUGUACCAAGGGAGCAAAAUGCAAAUGCUGCAGCGAUAGCAUCGCGGCCAUCGUACGGCCAUCGUUCGCAUCUGCAUUCGGGAGGCCCGCACGAUGCGGCCAUUCUGCUGACACCAGACUCAAACACGGAGCCGACGCCAACGACACUUGGACACGUCCUCCACGGUCGGUCUAGCCACCAGAGUACCGUCUGGUCAACGCCAAUGGAUGAACAGUCGCAGCCUCCUAUGAUGCGUCACCGAAAUAGCUUUUAUGCCAGCGACCCGACGUCGUUGCCAGAGACCGCUGAUUUGAUACCAUUUCAUGCGGCUUCCUACCCUCCAGACAGCCAUAUGAGCCAAGGCAACUUUGCUGCCUGGCUCUUCGAUCCCCAACCCACCUAUGGUGAUUUCAAUGUUUCCAACCUCCCUUUCCUGGACGGCGGCCUAGAGUCGACGUUCAAUAACACGAUACAGUACGACUAUGAGUCCCUCAACAGUCUUUCUCCAGUCGCACCUACACCGCCUCGACACUCAGAAGCACCAGAUGAAUGGAUUGCAGAAGUAAGACGCAAGGAGAUCUUACAAUGGUUCCAAAUUUUCCGAAAAAAGCAGCCGAGGUACGAUUCUUUCAUGACUACGUUGACGCAGGAGAGCGGCGGUGACCUGCCGGCACUGAACAGCGAAAUGCUGCGAGAUUGUCUCAAGGAAUUCUGGGAUAGCUUGUCUCCGAGACUGCCGAUUGUGCACCAGCAUACAUUUUCUGCCAGCCGCUGCUCAAUAUUUCUAUUAUUGGUCAUGAUUGCCCUGGGUGCUGCUUCGCUUCGGAACAGGGACGAGACAGGCCAGAAAUCGGAAUAUGGAGCCUUUGCAGACGUCAUCAUUCACUCCGUGCGGUGGGAGAUUCUAACCUCGGAUGACUCGGCGCCUCCUGCGAAUCUUUGGGUGGCGCAGGCUCUGCUUCUGGUAGAAUUUCACGAGAAGCUGUACUCAUCAAGACGCUUCCAUGAACGAGCGCAUAUCUACCACUCUGCCUUUCUCACACUGCUUCGAAGAGGUAGCCCCUUGAUCGGCCUAUCAGGCAGCGAGUCCCCAGCUGAGCCAGAGAGCCUCAUUGAACGUGGAGCGUCUGGAAUGCCUCUGGACUCUCAUACGUGGUGGACUCGUUGGGCGGAAACCGAGUCCAUGCACAGAGUCGUCUUUGCCGCUUUUAUGCUGGACAUUAUCCACGCUGCCAUCUUUGGUCAUGCCGCAGACAUGGCGCCGCACGAGAUCCGCCUGCCCUUGCCCUGCGACGACAACCUCUGGGCCGCAAACAGCCCCGACGAGGUGCGCCAGCUCGAUGCUAACUUUCGCAUGUACGGCUUCAAGCAGGUUUCCUUCCUAGACGGCCUCAAAAGUGCGCUUCAUGGUAAAGAGGUCAAGACGCACUCGUUUGGGCGCAUGAUUAUCAUUUCCGGCCUGCUGAGCGUCGGCUGGCACCUCAGCCACCGAGAGACGCACCUCAAGUGGCUCGACCUACGCACGCCGUCGACCGAAGUCCAGGACAACUGGCGCAAGAUGCUUCUGCUCGCCUUUGACAACUGGAAGGUCAGCUUCGACAUGGCCAUGUCCGGCUCCAUGUCCGAGCCGCCGUCCGGUGGCGGCCAGAAUCAUGCGGCCGGGCCGAAGCGCGGCCUCGCCAACGGGCCCAUUCAUAGCGCACGGCUGCUGUUUCACCUUGCCCACAUGACGCCCAACGUGGACAUUAUCGACUGUCAGGUAUACGCGGGGGCGAAGCGCAUUCUCGGCCGCAAGGUGUCGGCUCGCGACUACGCCAACGCCAUGAAGCGCAUGGUGGCGUGGGCCAAGCUCGGAUCAACGCGGCACGCCAUCCACCAUGCCUUUCGGCUGCUGCACAGCGUCCUCGUAGAGCCGUACCACAACCAGCACUACCAUAUGGCCCGGCGACGCGGAGCGGUACCCAUGCCGUCCCACGCGCAAUUGCCCGAGACGAGCGGCGGGAGGUACUCCAUCCACGACGAGCCGGACCCGCAUAGGCCAUGGAUCAUGUAUUUCGCCGUGCUCACGAUUUGGUCGUUUGUGCAGGCGAUGGGGCGCUCGACGGGCCAGCCACUGCCGCUGAAAUCGCCCAACGUGGCGAGCACAACGGAGGGACGCAUGACCGAGUACCUAUCACGCGUGGCGGCACUGCUGGAGCUGGACCAGCGGUCGGCAGCAACGCUCUUCGACGGGCUGCCGGACCUGCUGGAUGUCAUGGUGGGGAUAUUGGAUGAAGUUGACACCGAGCUCCUGGUGGAGGCGCGGAGCAGACUACGAGUGUGCAAGGAGAUGAUUCUUGGAGGGCCCCGGUAG